CCUCAUCUCUUCCUCAUCAUCUUCUGGCCCUUGGCAGACAAAGGCCCAGCUACGGUCAUAGCAGGUGCAUGAUCCAGCAUGGAAGUCAGAAAUAGAAAACAUUUUCAGGGUCCCAGUAGGGACUUACUCCAAACCCUGGGAGAGAAGGAAGAAGGAAUGGAAACGCCUAUUCAGGUGGUGCUUAGAGUCCGCCCCAUGAGCCAAGCUGAGCUACUUAGAGGGGAGAAAAGUGUUCUUCACUGCUCUGGCCCCAAGACUCUGCAGGUGAGUCCUCUAGGUGGUGGCCGAGAAGUUGUCUUUCAUUUUGGUGUGGUGUUGGAUGGAGCCUGCACUCAGGAUGAGGUAUUCCAGGGCAGUGGAGUCCAGCGUCUUGUGGAGCUUGCCCUCCGUGGUUUCUCCUGCACAGCCUUCACCUUUGGCCAAACAGGCUCUGGGAAGACCUAUACUCUGACAGGGCCUCCUCCCCAGGGGGAAGGGGAACCUGUGCCGCCCAGCCUAACUGGGCUCAUGCAAAGGUCCUUUGCCUGUCUCUUGGAUAAAGUCCAGGUUGUUGGGACCCCUAUAACUCUCAGUGCCUCUUACUUAGAAAUCUACAAUGAACAGGUUAGGGACCUACUGAGUCAAGGACCCCACCAUCAUCUCCCUGUUCGAUGGAACAAGACCCAGGGCUUCUAUGUGGAAAAGCUGAAAGCAGUCAAAUUUGGCACAUUAGAGGAAGUGAUGGAACUCCUGCUAGAAGGUCUGAAACGGCGUCGCAGUUCAGCCCAUGCUCUGAAUAUGGUCUCCAGCCGUAGCCAUGCCCUAUUCACCAUCCAUAUUCAGUGUCCUCUGGUAUCCCCUAGCAGGUCAAAAGAGCAGACAUUUGGGAAGCUGUGCUUUGUAGAUCUGGCAGGCAGUGAAAAGGUAGCAGUCACACACUCUCGAGGAGAACUGAUGAUGGAGGCCAGCAACAUCAAUCGCAGUUUGCUAGCCCUGGGCCACUGCAUCUCUCUGCUACUGGACCCACGGCAGAAGAAGAAUCACAUCCCCUACAGGGACAGCAAGCUUACCCGACUGCUGGCAGAUUCUCUGGGUGGUGGUGGAAUCACUCUCAUGGUGGCCUGCGUGUCCCCCUCUGCCCGGUGCCUCCCAGAAACACUCAAUACAUUACGCUAUGCCAGCAGAGCUCAAAAGGUCACCACCCACCCCACGCCUAAGGUUCCCCAGGGUCCUCAGCCUCUUAGUCUUGAAGAGGAGAUCCAGCAGCUCCGUCAGGAGAAUUUGAUGCUAAAACAGAGGCUGGAGCAGCCUCUGGGACACAGGAGUAUGAGGAUUCAGAAGGAGACCUAUGACAAGGAAUUUGUCAACCUGAGACAAAGGGGUGCCUCCAGGAGCAAAGGGUCCCAGUCUGGCUGGGCUAAGAGAAGCCUAUAUGGGAUGCUACAGGAGUUCAUGCUGGAGAACCAACAGCUUAGAGAAGAAAAAAAUCAGCUUCAGAGAAGCAGGGACUGUGCCUGGAAUGAACAGCAAGUCUUGGUUCAACAGCUCAAAGAACUAAACAGGUGCCUCCUCUGCUCUGGCAGCCACAGUGUCCGAUGCCCUGCCCAGCAUUUCUCCAGUCCCUCCCUGUUCUGCCCCUGCUCAGUAUCUCAAGGGCAAUACCAAGCUCUGGCCUGCCAUCAGGUGCUGCCUCCCCUCUGUUCUUGUCACUGCAACCAGCUCUGUCUCCUGUGCUAUACUCCUCUGCCUCCAUGUGCAGGUUCUCGGCUCAGUCAAGCUCAGAGAGGAGACGUCUCCCUCCUUCCAGGGUACCUGCCCUCGCAGGUCCUGUCGGAGCUGCCUCCGCUACACGGGUUUGGUCCCCAAACCAAGAUCCCAUGGAAGAUGGAAGGCCCCAGUCCUCAGGCCCAGAACCACCCCUUUGCCCAGCCACCAGGCCCUGACCUCAGGGAGCACCCUGCGAAGGGGAAAAGCGGGGAGUGGGCCUGGGCCCACUUUUUGGCCGAGACCCUAACAAAGGAGGAGGCCUGUGGAAGAGCAGGCCGAGUCACCCCCUCAGCACCCCCUCUGCCCGAGGGGCCCUGCGGCACACCCGGGAGGCCGAGAGGUGAGAGAUGGGACCCGGGAAGGAGGGGGAAGCUCAGCCCUGAGAGCGCCAUCGCCUGAGACGCUGGGCUGCUCCGUCCAGGCUCAGAGCACUCUGGACUUCCCUUAGGUAGUUACUUCCUAACGGACAGUCUAUACCUAUAAUUACUGUUAUCUACUCGCACACACGGACUGAUGUAUACACGUGUGCUUGUAUGUGUCUCAGCGUGGCUUUGCAUGCAUAUCUAGUUAUAGGCACGCGUGUGCACAGCUACACGGAUACACACAUGUGCACAUAUACACCUAUAUGGUGUGUAUCUGCAUACAUGUGUUUGUGUGCGUGUGUAUCUGGCUUCUAGAAUGAGGCAGAAAGCCGCUGGAGAACACUCCUGUUCUCCCUAUGUGAUGUUUUAUCUUUGUGUCUCCAGCGGCUGAUUUAAGUAGGUACUUUAGUAGGUGACUCAGUCAUUGAACAGAACCAAGUAAUUGCUAUGUGCAAGGCCUUGAGGAAAAUCCAGAGAUGGAGCAGAGUCCCUGCCCUCAACGUAUUUAUUGUUUAGUGAGGCAGGAGAAAAGCGUAGUAAGAGCUAGCUAGUUAGAGUAAAGAGGCAGCUGUGAUUGGCAUUAGCAGUGGAAGGAAGGAAGGAAGGAAGGAAGGA